AGCCGGCGUCCGAGGCAAAACUUCCAAUUUGCAAUUGUCAUUGGAAAAUCUCCUCCACGCCAACACCGUCGCAUACAAAGUUUACAUAUCCCAAACAGGUAAUUCCAACGACGGUUACAAUAGAGGUUCAAGAUGGCAACCAAGGACGAUAUUAAGCCCAAGGAGGACGAGUUCUCUAUCAAGCCAACUGCGGUCACUCCGUCUGUUGACACGAGCACAUGGCCGUUGUUGUUGAAGAACUACGACAAGCUCCUCGUCCGAACUGGACAUUUCACUCCCAUUCCCAAUGGCAGCUCACCUUUAACUCGAGACCUCAAGUCCUACAUCAGCUCAGGUGUGAUCAACCUUGACAAGCCUUCAAACCCCUCCAGUCACGAGGUCGUUGCUUGGGUGAAGCGAAUUUUACGUGUUGAGAAGACGGGUCACAGUGGAACUCUUGAUCCCAAGGUUACAGGUUGCUUGAUCGUCUGCAUUGACCGAGCCACUCGAUUAGUCAAGUCCCAACAAGGUGCUGGAAAAGAAUAUGUCGCUGUUAUCCGAUUACACGACAAACUUCCCGGUGGCGAGGCGCAAUUUUCCCGAGCCCUCGAGACCUUGACGGGUGCUCUCUUCCAGCGACCUCCCCUAAUUUCCGCUGUCAAGCGACAGCUCCGUAUCCGAACUAUCCACGAGAGCCGAGUCAUCGAGUUCGACAACGACCGCCACCUCGGUAUUUUCUGGGUUAGCUGUGAGGCUGGAACCUACAUUCGAACCCUCUGCGUGCACAUGGGUCUUCUGCUUGGUGUGGGCGCCCACAUGCAAGAACUCCGACGUGUGCGAAGUGGUGCUAUGGACGAGACGAAGGAUCUUGUAACGCUUCACGACGUUCUAGAUGCCCAAUGGAUGAUGGACAACACCAGAGAUGAAUCCUACCUUCGCAAGGUUAUCGCGCCCCUAGAGACUCUUCUUACGUCGUACAAGAGAAUCGUGGUUAAGGACAGCACUGUCAACGCUAUUUGCUACGGUGCAAAACUUAUGAUUCCUGGUCUGCUACGAUAUGAGGACGGUAUUGAAGUCCACGAGGAGGUCGUUUUAAUGACGACAAAGGGUGAGGCUAUCGCUCUUGGUAUUGCCAUGAUGUCGACCGUCGAGAUGUCGUCUUGUGAUCACGGUGUGGUGGCCAAGGUUAAGCGUUGCAUCAUGGAGCGAGACUUGUACCCUCGACGAUGGGGUCUCGGCCCUACUGCGACUGAGAAGAAGAAGCUGAAGGCAUCUGGAAAGCUGGACAAGUUCGGACGAGCCAACGAAGCAACCCCGGCCAAGUGGACGUCGGAGUACAAGGACUACAGCGCUCCAGCUGGUGAAGCGGCAGCAGCAUCGGCCGCUGAUGUUUCCAUGACCGAAGCUCCUGCUCAAACCCCCGUAAAACAGGCUGCAUCUUCACCCGCACCCGAACCUACACCUGCUGCAGCUGAUGAUGACAAGAAGAAGCGCAAGAAGCACGACGGCGAGACGGCCGAAGAGAAAGCAGAGCGCAAGAGACGUAAGGCAGAGAAGAAGGCAGCCAAAGAAGCAAAGCGCGCCUCGCUAGGAAAGAAGGAUGAUUCCGACUCAGAUUAAAUGAGCAACUUUCAAGUUCUGAGUGGGGAUUCUCCCCCGAGUUGCAUUUGGUUGGUACCAUGUGGUCGGUCUAUGGCUAGUUGAAUGUAUAUGCCUUGUCUUAUGGCGUUAUCUGCUGUAUCAUACAGUUGUCAAGGAUCUGGAAAAUGGCGUUUAAGGACCUCUGCUUAUUCUGUUAAUUUUGUUUUUUACGAUGUUGAGAUUUUUCAAUUUCAGAGGAUGAAAUGCGGAAUGCGGAAAUCUGGAACAUAGUAGAUACCAUGAAUUACCGCCAAGUUGAACAUGAA